UGGGACAGCUCAGCCCCCCUGUGCUGGGGCCUCGCUGGUCCCCGGCCCCAGUUCCGCUGUGCUCUGGCCCCCAGCCCCACUGUUUUGGGACCCCGGUCCCGCUGCCCUUCGGCCCCAGUCCCCCUUGUGAUGUGACCCCUGGCCCCGCCGUGCUGUGCCCCCAGCCCCGCUGCCCCACAACUCGCCCAAUCUCCGGUGCUUCAUGGCCCCCGACCCGCCGCCCCACGGCCCCCAACCCCACUGCCCCUCCACACCCUCUUGUGCCCCCCGAGGCCCCCCUCGCCCCCACGCAGGGCCGGGCGCCGGGCGCUGACUGCGCCGUGGGUGAUUCAUCCCGCUCCAGCCCCACCCGCGCCGGCAGCUGCCAAAAAUAGCGCUGCGGGAGGGGGGACCCUCCACAUCACCUCCCGGCCCCCCCCGCACCGGCGGCGGGCCGGGAUGGCGGCCACGGGCCGCUGUCCCCGACACUCCCAUCCCCGGGGCUGCGGGGACCGCGACCCGGAGCGCAGGGACCCCCCGCUCCUGCUGCCACGUGAGCGGGUGCCACCCCCGUGCCCACUGCCCUGAGCCCGGCCAUGCCCAGCCCUGUCCGCCGCGCCCCGGGGGCCGCGCUGGCGCCGGGGCUGGCCAUGGUGCCGGCGGAGGGCUCGGCGCUGCUGCGCGCCGUGUCCCAGGGCAAAUUCCGCCUGACGCGGCUGCUGCUGGAGGGGGGUGCCUACAUCAACGAGGGCAACGCGGCGGGCACGACGCCGCUGAUGGCCGCGUGCCGCGCCGGCUACGCCGACCCGCCCGAGCAGCCGCGCAUGGUGCGGUACCUGCUGGAGAACGGCGCCGACCCCAACAUCCCCGACAAGGCGGGCAGGACGGCGCUGAUGCACGCCUGUGCCGAGCGCGCCGGCCCCGCCGUGGCCGCCGUGCUGCUGGCCCACGGCGCCGACCCCAGCGCCCGCGACUACGCCGGCGGCUCGGCCCUCGUGUACGCCCUGGAGCGCGGGGACCGCGAGACGCUGCAGGUGCUGCUGGACGCGUGCCGGGAGCGCGGCCGCGACGUGAUCAUCAUCACCUCGGCCACCUCGCCCCGCGGCACCAAGACCACCCGCCAGUACCUGAACUCGCCGCCGUCGCCCGCGCUCUGCGCGUCCCCCUCGCAGGUGCAGGUGCGGGCGUCGCCGGGCGCCGGCGGGAGGGACGAGGAGCGCGACGUGUUCCAGUUCCCGCCGGCAGCGCCCGCCGCCGCUCCGGAACCGCAGCGGGCCGGGCCCAAGAGGCAGCUGAAGAGGCUCAACUCGGAGCCGUGGGGGCUGGCGGCGCCGGGGAGCCUGGACGGGACGCGGGGCCCUCCGGAAGGCUCGUGGGGUUCACCUGAGGGCCCACGAGGAGCCCUGGAAGGGACGAGGGCCCCGCCGGAGCGGCUGGAGGGGCUGCGGCCUCGCCGGCACAGCGUGGAGGGCCGCGAGGCCUCGGGGCUGCCCUGGGCCGAGCGGGCGCCCCCCGUGCCCCCCCCGGCGCGCCGUGCCCCGGCCCCCGACCCGCCGCGGGGCAAACCCCUGUGCCGGGACCCCCCGGACCCCGAGGGGGCUCCCCCCGGGCCGCUGCGGCGCCCGGUGGGGCUGCUGGAGCGCCGCGGCUCCGGAACGCUGUGCCUGGAGCCCCCCGGGCCGGGCAGGGCCGGGCUGCUGCCCCCGCUGCCCCCGGGCCCCCGGCGCUGCUGCGCCGCCGGCACUCCAUGCAGCCCGAGCUCGUGGCCUUCCGCAGCGCCCUGGGCCCUGAGCCCGGCUCAUAAAGACCCCCGGGACCCCCCACCCGGCACCCCCCUCUGCUCUGAGCCCACCCGGGGCUCGUGGCCCCCCCGUCGCUGUCGCCACAAACUCUGCACGGCCCCCCCCCCCAAAUUCCCUCGGGAGUGGGGGGGUUGUUUCCCUGCACCUUCCUCCUGCUCCCUCCUCAUCCUCCCAGCAGCUUUGCCCCUCAAACCCACGGCUGGGGGUCUGCACACAGCCCACCCCCUCCCUUCCUUCCCAGGAUAGGGGUUCCUGGUUUUGGGGGGUGGAGGGGGCUGUUGGUGUCCUUCAAUAAAGGCCCCUGUGCAGCUCA